ACAAUAUCCUUCCACAUGCACAAAUCCUACGUAUAUAUAUCAGUGUUUUACUUAUCCAUCAACUCAACAACAUCAAGCAAGCAAAUACAACUACAGCUUCACUCUUCUACUUCUACUCAAUCAACUACUUGUGCUCAUCAUGGACAUGACGAAUGAUGCAGUUUUUUCUAAUUACUCGGAUUCUUAUAAGCUACAUAAUCUUUAUUCACCCGAUGCGGCUUCGGAUUCUUCGUCUUCCACGGAGGGGAGCUCGGAUUCUCCUGUAAUGUUGGCAUCUAGUAACCCAAAGAAACGUGAUGGACGAAAGAAGUUUCGUGAAACUCGACACCCUGUGUAUCGGGGAGUUCGAAGACGAAACUCCAAAAAAUGGGUUUGUGAAGUUCGGGAGCCGAACAAGAAAACUAGAAUAUGGCUUGGCACAUUUGCGACGCCUGAAAUGGCAGCUAGGGCUCAUGACGUGGCAGCCAUAGCCCUCAAGGGCCUAUCCGCGUGUCUUAAUUUCGCUGACUCAGCUUGGAGGCUGCGUAUCCCGACAUCGACGAAUGCCAAGGACAUUCAGAAGGCGGCGGCUGAGGCAGCGGAGGCUUUUCGGACACCGUGUGAUGAUACUAGCCAAGUGGUAGCGGAGGAGAGCGGUCAAGCGAUAUUGCCUGAAAAUGUUUAUCGCAUUGAUGAGGAGGUGGCGGAGUUUGGGAUGCCUGGACAGUUGAUUGCUGAGAUGGCACAAGGGAUGAUGUUGCCGCCACCUCAUCAGUACUACUGUGAGGGAGAUGAUGGGGAAUUCGGUGCUGGCAUGUCGUUGUGGAAUUACUGAUAAAUGUCUCGUUCUUAAUUAGCGAUAUUAGAAUUGGGAGAUCGAGUAUGACUCGUGAGUCUUGACUGUACAUUUUAAUUUAGCAGUACCAGAAAAGGUGUGAUUUUUGCUAUAAAUUGUCAGGAGUCAUGCUGCACUCAACAGAAACCGUUAGUAUAAUGAUUUUAUGAUGUGUGAAUGAGUGUAAGCUUGUAUCCUUCAACAACAAAAAAAGUGUAAGCUUGUAUGAAUAUUCAUACCCAUUUCUCAUUAUAUUACUAACUUAGACUUUUUGGAUUGAGCUAAUUAAACAA